CCAAAACAUUACCCUAAUAGAGCAACUCCAACUGGAAGGAAGGGUUUCAUCACUGUGGCAAUAAUCUGAAGCGCAGUCAUGGACGAGACCCAACUCCUAUGCGAGGCGUCGAGGAACGGCGACUUAGACAAGGUCAUAGCUCUCAUAAACUGCGGGGCUGAUGUUUCCUACUUUGGCAACGAUGGCUUCACUCCGCUCAUGCACGGGGCCAAGUUCGGUCACGCCGCCGUAGUCAAGGUCCUUCUGGAAGCCGGUGCUCCCUGGAAUGCACUCUCUCCUUCUAAUCUCUCCGCGGGUGAUUUAGCCAUGGAGGAAGGUCACCAGGAGGCCUUUGAAAUUCUCCUCAACGCUGGAAUUCAAUCUGAGUUGAUCUUAGGAACCAUUGCAAGGAAAGCGAAUGAAAAUGUCCAUGGAGAUUACUUGGAAGAUCGGGUUACCUUCAGCGAGGAUAAGCUGAUGGACUCUGAUAGCAAAGCUGUCAUGAUGGCUUGGGAGAAACCACUGAUGGAAGCACAUGCUAAGGCCGUUUGCUCUGGAGGUGGCCACAUACUUAACAUUGGAUUUGGAAUGGGCCUUGUGGAUACAGCCAUUCAACAAUACAGUCCAGCGACGCACACAAUAAUUGAGGCGCAUCCAGAGGUUUAUAAACGUAUGCUUGAUACUGGUUGGGGUGACAAAGAUAAUGUAAAGAUAAUAUUUGGCCGGUGGCAAGAUGUUCUUUCCCAGCUUGAAACUUAUGACGGUAUUUUCUUUGAUACAUAUGGGGAGCAUUAUGAGGAUCUGAGAGAGUUCCACCAACACCUUCCUGUGUUAUUAAAGCCUGGAGGAAUAUACUCAUUCUUUAAUGGACUUUGCGGAGGUAAUGCAUUUUUCCAUGUUGUUUACUGUAAUUUAGUUUCGCUAGAACUUGAGAAUUUGGGCUACCACACUCAGUUAAUUCCCUUGCCUGUUAAGGAUUGUUUGGGGGAAAAGGUUUGGGAAGGUGUGAGACAAAAGUAUUGGCAACUUGAUACAUAUUACCUCCCUUUCUGUCAGUCUGUACAAGAUUCUGAAUGAUGUUCUAAUUGUGCCACCACUUUUCUCCUCUUUAAGAUACUUAUUAAGGAUAAUGAAUUAUAUUUGGUGAUUCUGUA